UUUCGGAGGACCCUUAACAGCCGCUAAUUCCUUCUCACGUGAACAGCUCCAUGUGAGCGCGGAGUUGACAGUAUUUGGUCCACAAAAUAACUGUUUGCAUCCAAUCAUUAUCGUUAAGAAUAACAUGGAUAUUAUUGAAGAUGACGAGCAGUUAGGUGAGACGUCUGAGGAGAACAGCGAAUUAUCUGACGGAGAGCUUCAAGAUGCAUUCGCAAAGGGGUUGUUAAAGCCUGGGUUGAACUUUACAACACAAGAACCGAAGAAGAUUGUCAACAAUGUGGAGGGUUUGAAACAAUGCCUCGCCGACUUUCGUAAAAACACACUACCCUGGGUAGAGAGGCUGGACAUGGUCAAUCUCCCAGCUGAUGACAUCGUUGCCAAGUCCGAGGGCAGACUCGACAACAAGGCCAGCGGAGACAUCAACCCAGAUGACGACUUCCAGAGAGAGAUGUUCUUUUACCGCCAAGCCCAAGCAGCUGUUCUGGAGGCGAUGCCCCGGCUACUGAAGCUGAAGAUAGCCACCAAGAGACCUGAGGACUACUUUGCAGAGAUGGCCAAGUCAGACCAGCAAAUGCAGAAGAUCAGGAAGAAACUCAUCACGAAGCAGAUCAUGAUGGAGAAGUCGGAAAAGGCCAAGAAACUAAGAGAACAAAGGAAGUACGGCAAGAAGGUGCAAGUAGAGGUUAUUCAGAAGAGACAGAAGGAGAAGAAGGCCAUGAUGUCUGCUGUGAAGAGGUAUCAAAAAGGCAUGACUGACAAACUGGACUUCCUGGAAGGAGAUCAGAAGACCGCUAGAGGAGCUCCAGCUAAAGGAGGAGCUCCAGCUAAAGGGGGUGCAGGGAAAGGGUCAGGAGGCCAAACACCUGAUAAAAAGGCCAUGAACAAGAAAGGGCCCAAUGCUAAGAGGAAGUAUAAAGACCAGAGGUUUGGCUUUGGCGGGAAGAAGAGUGGAACCAAGUGGAACACCAAGGACAGCCACAACGAUGUGUCAGGGUUCCGAGCCAAGGUGGCUCAUGGGAAAGGAGGAAAGAGAGGGAAAGGAGGCAAUGCGGGACCAGGAGGAAGGGGCCCCACCAAAGGAGGGACUAAACGACCUGGCAAGAAUGCGCGCAAGAAGAUGAAGGGUCGCUCCUAAAGUGGUGGGUGCUAAAGGUCCUGCAGUCUGAUUGGUUCUUCGGUCUAUGGCAUCAGGCCAGGUUUGAACGUCGUCAUCGGUCUUGGGUUACCCACACUGCAUCCCAACUUCUGGAAGGAAAUAAUAUUAGAGAGAAGUGCUCUCUUUCUAUACUUAAUCGCGCACACACCACCCUUCAUGGAGCCCUUGGGGCAGUGGAAUGAUAUGGAUGCCUUUGAUGAUGCCCCAAGAUGUCCGCAUGCAUCCUGUCUCUCAGAAUGAUCCUUCCUGGAGUAUCACCAAGGAGGCUACAAGAUGUGGACAUGGCUGCAUGUGAGCUUUAGAAUGUCUCCAUAUGAAAACCGGACAGAGUGGGACCAAACAUGCCAAAUUAAACCCCUAACAUUAAUUUGGACAUCAAGAUACAAUUACAUUUUAUUACAGUCAGUAAAAUAAAAGAAAUCCAUGUUUCUUUUAAAGGAGAUCUUUAUACAUUGUUGUAAUGUGUGUAAGUUUGUGAAACUAUUUGCUGAAAGUGAUAACAAUGAUGAAGCCACUUCAAUAAAUGUAUAAUGUCAUCGA